CCACGCCCGCCGGAAGAGCCGGCAGCCCGGGCGCUGCUGCUGGCGCCAGACUGCCCUGGCCGAUGGUAGAUCGCGAUCCCUGAGAUGCGGCCUCAGGACAGCGCCGGGGCCGUGGAGCUCGAGGAGCCCGGGCUGCCGCUGACGGACGAUGCACCCCCGGGCGCCAGUGAGGAGCCGGCGGCCGCCGAGGCAGCGGGGGCGCCAGACAGCGGCAGGUGCUGGCUCUGCCUUUCCUCGCCGUGUUGCUCCCGCACCGAGCCGGAAGCCAAGAAGAAAGCACCCUGUCCUGGACUUGGCUUGUUUUACACAUUAUUGUCUGCCUUCUGUUUCUCAGUGAGCUCUUUAUUGGUUAAAAAAGUGCAAGACGUCCAUGCUGUAGAGAUUAGUGCAUUUCGAUGUGUGCUCCAAAUGCUAAUUGUUCUCCCUUGCUUAAUAUACAGAAAAACUGGGUUUAUAGGCCCAAAAAGUCAUCGAAUUUUCCUCAUUCUCAGAGGAGUCCUUGGUUCUACCUCCAUGAUGCUUAUAUACUAUGCUUUCCAGACAAUGGCCCUCGCUGAUGCCACAGUUAUCACGUUUAGCAGUCCAGUGUUUACGUCCAUAUUUGCUUGGAUAUGUCUCAAGGAAAAAUAUAGCCCUUGGGAUGCUCUUUUCACCAUGUUCACAAUCGCUGGAGUGAUCCUUAUCGUGAGACCACCAUUUUUGUUUGGUUCUUUGGGGAUCGAAGAAAGCUAUUCAGUCCACCUUAAGGGAACAUUCGCAGCAAUUGGACACGCCGUGUUUGCUGCAUCGACUCUAGUUAUCCUAAGAAAAAUGGGAAAAUCUGUGGACUACUUUCUGACCAUUUGGUAUUAUGUAGUACUUGGCCUCGUUGAAACUGUCAUCAUCCUCUUUAUAUUAGGAGAGUGGAGUCUGCCUUACUGUGGGUUGGACAGGCUAUUUCUCAUAUUCAUUGCGCUCUUUGGUUUGGGGGCUCAGAUAUUUAUCACAAAAGCACUUCAAAUAGAAAAAGCAGGGCCAGUAGCAAUAAUGAGGACAAUGGAUGUGGUCUUUGCUUUUAUCUUUCAGAUUAUUUUCUUUAAUAAUGUGCCAACAUGGUGGACAGUGGGUGGUGCUGUCUGCGUAGUAGCCAGUAAUGUUGGAGCGGCCGUUCGUAAAUGGUACCAAAGUUCCAAAUGAAGCAUCAUUGCAGAAAUACAUAUUUUUUUCAAGUACACCAUCACCUAAUUCACAGACAGCAUAUGCACACAUCUGGAAAAUCUGCAUUUGCUUCGUUGGUUAUAUUUAAUAAAUUUCCUAAAGUACCAUUUUUGAAUAUAGUAUGUCUUUAAUUAGUUAAGAUUAGCUAGUCUGUUUGGUGUAACAAUAUUUUGGUAGCUUUGGUUUUGUUUUUUUGUUGUUGUUGGGGUCGAGUUGCUGAGAGGAGAGCUCAUUGUUUGAAGAAAAACCAAAAAAUUUUAUGGCUAGUAAUAUUAUAUGUAAUUUUUAAAAUGUAUUUUUGGUACUGAUGGGAUAUGGGUGGGGAGGCUAUUUUAGAUAUUCUUUUAGCAGUGUAGAGCCUAAGAAACUUGGUUCUACCACCAUGAUCUUUAUAUACUAUGCCUUCCAGACAAUUGAUAAUGCUGCUAUAAUUAGUAUUAUGUUGAUAAUUCAUUUGCAACCUUAUUCUAUUUAGGAGGACGAAGUUGAAGCUUAGAAUAGGUGCCUGCUUAAUGGUGUUAAUAAUACAAAUGAAUUGGCCUUAUUUUCAAGUAUUUUAUAAAUGAUUAUCAUACUUGUAACUCAUAUUUGUGCCUUUUCAUUUUAAUGCUGGAAUUUUUAUUAUGUCACCUCUAAAACACUUAAAUUGCCAAAUUUGGCAAGUAGUUUUCUGUUUCAGUCGCAUUAGCAACUGCAGCUAGCAUUCUAUAAUUUUAAUUGUCCUCAGUUUUUUUUGAAACUGCUCUAAAUUUUUCUUAACAUUCCAGGAUUUCAGAUCUUUAAAUCACAAAGAGAAAUCUUGGCAUGACCAGUGUGCACAUUUCCAUCCUGAAGUGUUUUCUCUUCACUAGAAAUGUGAUUUUCUAUAAAUUCCCCUUGAAUUUAUAGUGUGAUGCCAAAUAAAAUUUUCUCAGGAUCUUAUUAGGUUGAACCAUAUGUAAUUGCCAAGAUUUUACUAUUUUAACUUAAAAAACCAUAGUUUCAUAUGGUUCACCCCAAUAGAUACCUCCCUUAUUCUCUAAAUGAAAUAGAAGACUUUGGAGUAUAUGUUUUUAAAGUAAUUUUUAAAAAUAUGAUAAUGUAUUAAACUUAUUUUUAUAGUUAUGAAAUUAUAUGUAAUAAUGUUUUAUGUUAUACAUUAAAGACUUGUGAAUCUAUGUUUGAUUGACUUUCAUAGUUUCCUGCAUUGAAAUAAAAAUCGCUAUAAAUUCUAGUUUAUCAGCAUGAUGUUAAAUGUCAGUGCCAUACCUUGAGGCAGCACCAUGACACUAAUGCCACGAAUUCAAACAGCACAUUUUACAUCUGGAACUUCAUCAGACCAAUACUUUGCAGUUAGAGAGAAUUUAAUAUCUAGAAAAGCUUGGGAGGUUAGUCAGGACUUAGGGAGUACACAAAUGAUUCUUUGUUGUAACGAACCCUUUAUUGGUGAGGUUGCAGUAGCCUCCAGCUCUUACUGUGUCAGAUGAAGCAUCUGUCAUUAUCUUAAGCCCGCAGAGUUGAAAGGUUAUAGGCUCUUUCGUACCCUCUCAUCAUCAUUUUCCCAAAGCAAAGAGGAACUUGCCUUCUAGGAUUCGUGCCUUGGUGAGAAAGGAUCUUUUCCAAUAGUUCAGUGGGGGAAUUUUUGGCUUGCUGAUUUUAUCAAUUGCCUUGACACCUGACAAAUCCUAAAUGAAGUCUAUGUAGGUAAGUCAUCUCUAUUUCACCUAAUUUACAGUGUUGGAAUUUAGACUUGCAAAAACAUCACUCUGCAAAUACCUUAGAUAAUUAUAGAAUCAGGAGCAUUUGAGAACUCGGAGGUCUCAGAAAUCAUCACAUAGGGGCCGUGCUCCAUAGAUAGGGAUGAUAGAGAGGAGACUGCCCAAGUUGAAUUUCCAUGGUCUUCCUCCCUCCCUUAGUUCCAUGAUAAAGUAUGGACAGUAAACCACUACUUGAGCCACCUAAGGUGAAUUAACUCUCAGGGAACCCUCUUCCAGUUCUUUACCUUGCACAAUGAAAGAACCAAUGGCACCUAGAAAGUUAAAUCCCUUUAGGCCCAUACACUAGAGCAUGUUUUAUUUCAACAAUGUGGUUUAAGUACUUGAAUGUCACUAUAUGACUGAGGUUAGAGAAAAUGUUUCUUCUAGCCCUUGCAGGUAUGAUUCUUAAACACAAUGUCCAAGGUGUAUACAAGGAUAUGUAUUGUAGCAACUAUGGGUAUGUAUAUUUUCAGAGUGUAGUUUCCGUAUCUUGAAAAGUAAAAUAUUUUCAUAAAUUGUUUUUAUAAGUACUAAUAAAAUAAUAUGAAAGAAAGCUAUAUGUUGGUUGUUAUGAUUAUAGCAAACAUAUAAGUUAUUUCCCUUUCAACCCUGUGCUUCAAAAUUUAUUUUCUAUAGGGGAUUGACCUCUAGCCAUCCAGCUGGGAUAUAAUCUCAAGGUUUAAACUGUUUAUCUGACCUGCUUGUACUAUCAAGAGGGUCAGAUGAACAGUGUAAUCUGUUUAUCUCUCCAAAAUAAAGGCAUUAAUCUUCUAUGUCAGUGAGACCUUCAUUCUUCUAGACCCUGAGAACUUACAAAGCAGCUUUGAACUCUGUACUUUUUGUUCCUGUAGCAAAUCCGAUACUAAAUUCUGAAGAGUCUUUCUUGUCUUACUGUCUUCUUACUGUCUUGUAGAUUCAUUCUUUCCUCACCAUUUCCACUGCUACCAUCUUAGUCCAAGACUUAACACCUUACACCUGAAUUGCCACAACAGUACCCUGCUUUCACUGUUACUCUGGUUCUCAUGAAACCACAGUGAUGCCUUAUUACACACCAUAUCACAUCAAAUUACUCAUCUGGCCCUAUUCCCACUUCUCCCACCUGAUUUCUACAUCUCAACAAAAUUGGAUACUCCAGUCAGCCUUACCACUAGCUCCCGUGUUUGCCAGUAGAGUCCUUCCUCUGCAUUUCCCGCCUGUCCUUACCUUCUCUUAUUUACCCUCUAAGGCCUGUUAGCCUCCAAUGCCUCAGCUUGGGCUUUUGUUUCUUCUGGACUCUAGCUUCUCCUACCUACAUAAUCCAUCUUGGAAGAGUGGGUAAAGCAUUGGAUUAGGAUCUGAAGAUCUAGUAUGGUUUUAUCACUUUUCAGCUGGGCAAAUCACCUAAUGCACCUGAGCCUGUUUUCCUCACUUGCCCAGUCCCUCUUGCAAAUGAGUGCCAUAGAAGGGCUUGUAGACCAUUAAGGAUGAAAACAUAAGUAUUGAACUGUGGUUAAGAAUGUAGAAUUGAGUAUUCACUCUCCUCUUCAAAAUGAGGCUUAUAACAGAGUCCUUACUCCUGAGCAGCCUCACCAGGAACCAUAGGAACAUGCCUAUCAGAAUGCAAACUCCAUUUGGCCCCCUCCUCCUAGCACAGAAUUGUGCUGCUGUUGGAAAGCUUUCACUUCCUAGCUGAUCUUCCCAGGUAGGGCUGCCAAGGAUCACCAGUCCUUUCAUGCGCAGGUGUUGCCACCUUUCCAGUUCUGGCCCUAGCUCUGGUCUUAUAUGGGUAUUAUACUUGGCUCUGACCUGGGGAAUGGGCCUGAAUCUUGUGUGUUUCCCGUGCACUACGUACUCAGCAUGCUUCUUUUAGCCUCUUAUCUAUUGCACCCAGUAAGCAUAAUUAGUCUCUUGAGGGCAUUCUAGUAGGAAGAGAGAGCCAGAUGUCCUUGAUAACACCCUGGUGUCUGAUCUGGUGUGUAUGGAUCCAUGGUCAAUAAUGGGCAUUAGAAUUUGGCUAUAUGGGUGAAGGCUGGAUAUACGAAUCCUGGACACUACCCUAAGCAUGCUGUUUUAUGCCCCCUUUGGUGCCUUAUAUCAAAUCUAAUACAGCUACCAUAUUCACCUAGAAUUCUGCAAGAUAACCUAUUAGGGACUCUGAUCCACAAAGAUGGAUCCACGUUUUAGCCUAUUUGAACAUUAAGUUUGGAGCUGGACCUGGGAAAACAAUUCACAGCCCAUGAACCUUGGCACUUCUCAUCUCCUGGAAAUUGGGGGGUGGGUUUUAUAGCAAGAGGGUAAGGAGAAGACAUAGCUGUUUUCAAGGGAGGGCAGGAAAUGUAGCAGAGAUGCCCAGUACACAGGAAAAUGUUCCACUGGGCCCAGGAAAUGUCACUACUAGAGGAAAGAGCCUGGGUCUCUUCUACUAAACUUUCAAGGUUCUAGAAACCAUGUGAGAUUAAUACCAGUAAGCCUGAUGAAGCAAAGGAAGUAACCUAGAUUCAUGAUUAGUUGCCAGGGUGGGGUCAGGAAAGUAUAAAACCAUAGUUGAGCAGAAGUAGACUUGGGCAGAAGGAAAUGUGUUCAGGUGAAUGGUGCAGCACAAAAGUACCAUGCCAGGGUUGGGAACUCUAUGGUGCAGCAGAAGUAGAUGGAAAGGCCAGGUCAGAGAAGUGCAUUCCUGUAUCUGAGGAUAUAAGAACUUGGCCGUUCUUACAGCUGUUCCAAGUAUACUUGGCCAUGAUUUAAGAUUAAGCUGUAUGUGCCAAGAACACACCAGAAAGAGAGAAACUAAUAAUACAACUAUCUUUGAUUUUUUCUAUGAUUAUAGCAGGUGCUAGCUCAAUAAUAUUAGAACUGAAUUCAAAGCAAUAGCAGAAUUCAGAAUGGACUAACGUUUUCUUUCUUCUGAUACUCCCCCUGGGAAGUCAGCCACAUUGCUGUGAGGAAGCCUGGGUUACAUGGAGAAGUCCACAUGGAGAGGCCCAUGUGAAGAGGAACUGAGGCCCCAACACUUGGCCCCAUCUGCACUACCAGCUGAUAGCCAGCACGAGCUUGCCAGCCCUGUGAGUGUGCACGCUGGGAAUGGAUCCUCCAACUCUCAGAGUCUGCAGACCAUAUUUAAAUUCCCACAUGCUCCAUGAUUGAAGAGACUACAAAAGAUGAAACUGAAGUUCACCAUUUUAAUAGGACUAUAUUCUCCAAGAUCCCAGAACGCAUGUGUGACCCUGAUUCAGAUGUCUGCCUUCCUAUGGCACCAAAACAAUUUUUACUUGGAAAGGACACUAACAUUUAUUGAAUAAACCUCAUCUCAGCCAAGAGCUUCUUAAUCUUUGUCUCGUUCCCUCACCAACCCUGGGAGAUAGACUGAUUGGGAACUGAAGUUCAAAGAGGUUGAAUGGGGUUACCUACCUGUUAAAUUCUAGUCCCCUCACUAGUUAAUGAUGAGGCUGGGCCACGAGGUCUGCCUGACUCCAAAGACCUUGCCCUUUCCAGUACUUCAUGCUGCCUCCAUACUUGAGGGUGGUAGAAUGCAGAACAGGGAGUCACUGUAGCAUUUGUCACUGUGGUGGUGAAAGGAUUGUUUUUUGACUUUGGGAUUUAGGGAUACAUAUGUCCUCCUUCCUCCUUCCCCUCCUAGAGCAAGAGCUAGAUGUGAAACAAUAGGUGAUGACAACACUGCAUAUAUUUCAGUUUUAUUUCUUGCAAUCUGCUAAUCAGCAUUUGUUGGGAAGUAGCCAUAAACAAUCUUAGCCAAUGCAAGGAAACACCAAAUAUUGUCAAGCCCUCACAUUGGUCAUAAUUGGAAGCAAACAUGACAUAUACGGACUAUAUAAUCAGUUUGUGAGGGCUACAGCAAGAUGCUGCCCAAGAGCCUAGGUAUAAGCUGGCUUCCUACGGCCUCCAAGCUGGAAAGAAUGGAGCUAUACACAGUCAUCUGAAUAUACAGAAGUGAACCCUGGGUCAGCCACAUUCAGCUAUAACUUCCCCAUACUAUUUCUACAGAUGCAAUGUGCCAAUCGGAAGAAAGGUGGCCAGCCUCAGGAGAAAGAAAAGGAGAGUGACUCUGGCAGGCCUGCUCCAUUGUAGAGAUGAGAUACACCAAGAGAGUGAGUUCCCAGCUUUUCUCCCAAAAGCACCCCUAAUAGCUGAGAAGAAUCUGGAGGCAUAGCUACCAUCACAGCUACACUAACCACCAUCCUUUACUGUGUCCUUCAGGUGUCUGUCCUAGCUAGUUUUGUGGUCUGGCUCCUUGAGUCCCUGAAACAAGUCUGUUUAUUUUCAUCAUAUUGAUGAGGUUAUAGAGCUUGGACAAAUUACAUGACUUUUCGAAGGUCACAUAGCUAGUAAAUGUCAAGAGUCUUAUUCUCAAAACCCUGGUUUGUCCAACUCCAAGCCAGUGCUCCUGACUCCACUAUUCUACUGCUCACUCUAACCCUAAAGCCGCCCAAUUCAACCUCAAAUCUUCUUGGAGGCUUCAUGCUUUAAAAUAAAAAUCCAUGCAAUUUUUUGCAUCCUAAUUAAUAAUAUAUCUGUGUGUUUUAGUGUAAAAAUGUUUUUAAAUUACCAAUUCAGUUAUUUAGCUUUUUAUUCCCCAAAUCUCAGGUACCCUAGGCAGAUGUGUCAUAUUUAUCCUGGGCUUUAUGUACCUCUGGUUUGAGGGACUCUUGAACUUCAUUUUAAGAAACAUGGCCCAAUGAAUACACAGUCAAGUCUUCAUACUCCUGAACACUACAUUAUAAAAUCAGCACUCCUUUUUCUUUGUAUAUUUGUGUUAUCAAGUAACUAUGUGAUUAUAAUCUGGCUUCUCAUAGACCGUAAGCGUAGAAGAGAAUCAAAAGAUUGAGUACCUGAUUCCCUAAACUGUUAAAUUUCCCAUUGUAUAUUAAUAAAAUUUGUAUUGCUUCAUAAAUAA